CCGCCGCUCAUUUUUCUCCACACUCACCCUUACAAAAUCACUUCAUACUUUUUCUUUCAUUCUCUCUCAAAAAAAAAUAAAAAUACACAAAAUGCCAAUCCCCAACUCUUCUUCUUCUCCAAUUCUUCUCUCUAAAUGCACUGUCUUCCCCGAUCAACCUUCCGCCGUCGCCGACCUCCAACUCUCCGUCUCCGACCUCCCUAUGCUCUCUUGUCACUACAUCCAAAAAGGCUGUCUCUUCACUUCCACUAAUCUCGACGCCAUUUCCGUCCUCGAUCUUCUUAAAUCCAGUCUCUCCAAAGCGCUCUCUCGUUUUCCGCCCCUCGCCGGCCGUUUAUUCACGGACGAUGACGGUUACGUCUACAUCAAAUGUAACGAUGCUGGCGUCGACUUCAUCCACGCCAAUGGCGGUGAGUUCUUCGUUCGUGACCUUAUCGCUUCCGGUGAUGUUCCUGAUUGCUUCAAGGAGUUUUUCGCUUUCGAUCGAACGGUUAGUUUCGCCGGUCAUUUUAGUCCAAUCAUGGCCGUCCAAAUCACCUUCCUCGCCGAUGGCAUUUUCAUUGGCUGCUCCGUCAACCACGCUGUUACUGACGGCACUUCCUUUUGGAACUUCUUCAACACCUUCGCCGAGGAGUGUAAAUCCGCUAAAUCGACUAAAAAAAUCACUAUCACUCCUUCGCCGGAUUUCCGCCGUGACUCCGUUCUGGUUUCUCCGGCCGUCCUCCGUCUGCCGUCGAGUGGUCCUAAAGUUACAUUCUCCGGCGACGUACCGUUACGGGAGAGAAUAUUUAGUUUCAGUAGAGAAGCAAUUUUGAAACUGAAAGCUAAAACGAAUCAAAAGAAAUUAAUCGGAAACGGAGAGUUAACGGUAGCAGCGGUGGAGAUUAUGGGGAAACAAAGUAAUGAUACGUACUGUCAGAAUAACGGCAAAGUGGGGACCAUUAUGGACAGCUGGUAUAAAAACGACACGGUUUCGAAACAACACGCGGAUUGCGAGGAGAUCCCAAUCAUAACAAUAUCGUCGUUUCAGUCACUUUGCGCCUUAUUAUGGAGGUCGGUAACACGAGCGAGAAAACUCCCCCCGAAUAAAACGACAACGUUUCGUAUGGCGGUUAAUUGCCGACACCGGCUAGAGCCGAAGCUUGAUCCAUACUAUUUCGGUAACGCCAUUCAGAGUAUUCCGACGUACGCCACCGCCGGCGACGUUCUGUCUCGGGAUCUGCGGUGGUGCGCCGAGAAGUUGAACGAGAACGUGAUGGCGCACGAUAACGGAAUGGUGCGCCGGUUCGUAGAGGAUUGGGAGGGGAAUCCGAGAGUGUUUCCGUUGGGGAACGCCGAUGGAGCGUCGAUUACGAUGGGAAGUUCACCGAGAUUUCCCAUGUAUGAGAACGAUUUCGGGUGGGGACGGCCGUUGGCGGUGAGGAGUGGACGGGCGAAUAAAUUCGACGGGAAGAUAUCGGCGUUUCCUAGUAGAGAGGGCGGCGGAAGUGUUGAUUUGGAGGUGGUUUUGGCGCCGGAAACUAUGGCGGGGAUUGAAUCAGAUUGGGAAUUCAUGCAAUACGUGUCGUGUUCGUCGAAUUAAAAGGUAAAUUACUAGAAAGUUUCUGCAAAUUUCUGCCCCCCCAUGGCUACAUGGAAGUGUAGUGGAAUAACGAUGAGGAUGAAGAUGAUGAUGAUAUAUAUAUGUGUGUUAAGUGGAAAUGAAAUUAUAUGAAGGUAAUUUUCUGUGAAAUAAUGAAAUUUUAUAAUCU